AAGUUGUUGUAAGGAGCGCGUGUGUGCGCGCGAGAAGAAAUACUGUCCGGGGCACGAGACAGGCUUGAGGCGGCGGAGGACGAACAGCAAGUCUUAUCGGAUAUUCUGGUUUUAAUCCGGUGUUUUAUUGGCUUAAUUUCCACCCGUUCAGAGCUUUAAACCUGAAAGGAAGCAGGUCGCUUUUUAAAGGAUUUUUUGGGGGGUAGAUUAGCGUUUAGAGUCUGUAACGUCUCCUCUUCUUUUCCACGCCAUAUAUUUAAGAGCUCUCUGUAUGAAUAGUUUUCUCGUUCCUCUGUCUCCACGGACUUCGGUUUUUGCUGCUGGAGGAGCAUUUUUACCGAUUCGAGAUGACGGAAAUCAGCGAAAAAGAAAGCGAACCUCAGAACCGGGACCUAAACCGGCAGGGUACCACCGUGUCCGGUCAGCCGGAAUCAAAGCUGCAGCGACUGAAGCGCUCCUUGUCCCUCAAAUCAGUCAUACGCAGCAAGAGCGUGGAUAACUUCUUCCAACAGAGCAACGGCGAAUCUCGGCCAGCCUCAGCCAUCAUCACAGCGCCGCCACGUCCAUCGUCUCCUCCCUUCUCUGAGUCCCCUCUGGGCUAUGAGCGCUCUCCCUCUCUAUCCCCAUCAGUCAGCCCCAACCCUUCCUUGUCGUCACAUUCCUCUUCCAUCAGCCCUUCGCUGUCCCGGACCUUAAAGAGCCAGCUGAAGUCUCAGCCAAUGCAACCGGUCAAAACUCACUGUUUCCAGGACCAUGUCUUCCGUAGGCCUACCAGCUGCCAGCGAUGCAAACAUAUGAUCCAAGGAAAUUCCAAACAAGGGCUGCGUUGUAAAGCCUGCAAGCUGGCGGCUCAUCUUUGGUGUUCCUCUGAACUAUCUCAGCAGGCCUGUAAUGGCAAGUCUGGAGCCUUUAAGAGAAACUUCAGCUCUCCUCUGCUAACCAUUGAUCCACUGAGUAUAGUCCAGGAGGCUCCAGCUGCCCAAGAGACAGAGAAUGUCAUCGUUGACCCUGUGUAUGAAGCACUGCGUUACGGGACGUCAUUGGCUCAGAUGAGUCGCUCCAGCUUUGGAAGUAUCUCCGAAUCCCCUUGUCAUGAGUCCGAUACACUGCAAGGUAAACUAGAAAACCAACCAAUCGCUGAAGAGGAAAUUAUUCCUGGAAUGCUCACCCCUCCUGAAAGCGAGAAGGCUGAUUCAGAGGACAGGGUCAGCCUGAAGACUCCGAAGCGAGUCGAAGUUCACUCCAUUCACACGUACAUCGCCCUCUACAAGUUUCUGCCUCAGGAGAAGAAUGACCUGGAACUACAGCCUGGCGACCGAAUUCAAGUCACAGAUGACUCGAACGAAGACUGGUGGAAGGGGAAAAGCAGAGACAAGGUGGGAUUUUUCCCAGCCAACUUUGUCCAACGGGUCCGACCGGGUGAGCGGGUGUGGAAGGUCACCGCUGCUUUCCAUGGCAACCGAGACAAAGGCCAGAUGACUGUGAAAGAGAAUCAGAUCUGCAUCGGGAAAAACGAGGAGAUUGACGGCUUCCUUCGGCUGACUAGCGGGAAGAAGAGAGGCCUUGUCCCUGUGACAUUUCUGCUGGAAAUAUGAUGGCAAUAUUUCAGAUUUCUCCUUGAUUUAGCAGCGGAGCUCCCAGGGAUGGAGGAAAACUCAGGAGUGUUUAGCCAACACCUCCCUGACAACCAUGCACCCGCCUCCACCCCUCCAAGUAUCACUGCUGCAUCUUGAGUGGAAAACAGCCUGCAGCUUUGGCUUUUUGGCUGAAGAUUAAGACAACCAGGAGCUUCUUUAGAGCUACUUUGCUUGUAGCACAGCUUCACUUUGUGAAGCUUCUUAUAUUUUCACCAGAGGUAUGUAGCAGUUAUUUUCAAGAGAAUGAGUGUAAAGGUACUCUGGCUACCUCAUUAGCCAUCUACACUGGCCACUCACUCACAAAAUAGAGGAAAGGACCUUUUUGUCAUGAUGUCGAGGCAUGUUGCAGUUAUUUGUGAAAAGAAAUAACUGCAACAUGUUGCUUGUGCAAACCCGUUUUUGGUUGAGUAGAGUGGAGAUUAAUAAUUUUGGUCACAAUGUCCAGGUUUUUAAUGGUACAUAACUCAGAUUGUCGAACAUAAAAUGAUCCAGGUAUUACUGUG